AUGCUGACCGAAGGUGUAGUGGACUACACUAAAGAAGGGUCAAUCCUCACGGCCGAACAACGUCAAUUCUACGAGAAAAAUGGUUAUUUGUUGAUUCGUAAUUGUGUUCCACAGUAUGAAUUGAACAGAUUCCGCCAGAGAUUUCAGGACAUUUGCGAGAAGAAAGUGAAGGCACCUGACAAUAUGACAGUGAUGAAAGACAUCUCAAUUGCCAAGUCUGAAUUCAAGGACGGCGAGAAGGCAAUCACUAAAAUCCAAGAUUUCGCAGAUGACCCUGUUCUCUUUGAGUACUGUAAAUACCCGGGAGUAGUUGAUGUCGUGAAGGAUUUGAUUGGAAAUCCAAAGUCAACUGUGAUGGCAAUGCAUACUAUGCUUAUAAAUAAGCCUCCAGAUAAUGGAAAGCUAACCUCCCGUCACCCAAUGCACCAAGACCUCCAAUACUUCCCAUUCCGUCCGGCUGAUUUCAUUUGUUGCGCGUGGACUGCAAUGGAGAAGAUCACCCGAGCAAAUGGGUGUCUUGUCGUUGUUCCAGGCACUCAUAAGGGAGUUCUUCUUCCUCAUGAAUACCCGAAAUGGGAGGGCGGUGUGAACAAAGCUUAUCAUGGAAUUCAAGACUAUGAUCCAUCGAAUCCACGUAUUCACGUGGAGAUGGAGGCAGGGGAUACUGUAUUCUUCCAUCCGAUUCUUAUUCAUGGAUCCGGUGCGAAUAGGACUGAAGGAUUCCGCAAAGCCAUCUCUUGUCACUACGCCAACGAUGACAUCUGUCGUUACGUGAAUGUGGAGGGUACAACUCAAGAGACAUUGGCAGAGGAAAUCAUUGAGAUUGCCAAGAAAAGAUUGACUAAAUACGGAUUGGAUCCGAAUACAGUAACCCUCGACUUUGCGGAUAUAUGGAGAGUUCGUGCCAGAGAAGUCAAUGGACACAGAUCCAAUUUGUAA